GAUUGCAGUUUUAAUAUAUGUUGUAACUAAUGUUUUAUCGUUCGAUGUGUCGAUUGCUGUAUUGCUUCAGUUGUCUGGUAGAAUAGUAAUUUGUGUUACCCGAUUGAGUUCUUUGUUUUGUGCACCGGCAUAAAAUAACGUAGUUCAGCAAGUAAUCAAUUCGAAAUAAAUAUAUUUAAAAAUCAUGUCGUAUCAAUACCACCAAAUAGCCAGUCUACUAGAGAAAAUGACUUCUAGUGAUAAAGAUUUCCGUUUUAUGGCAACAAAUGAUUUAAUGACUGAAUUGCAAAAGGAUAGCAUUAAACUCGAUGAUGAAUCUGAGAAGAAAGUUGUACGUAUGAUAUUACGUCUAUUGGAAGAUAAAAACGGUGAGGUCCAAAAUUUGGCGGUAAAGUGCUUGGGCCCUCUUGUAAACAAAGUAAAGGAAAGCCAAGUAGAAACUAUUGUGGAUUCCUUAUGCUUAAAUAUGAUCUCAAACAUCGAACAACUACGGGACAUAUCUAGUAUUGGUUUGAAAACAGUCAUUUUGGAGCUUCCACAGUCAUCAAAUUCAUUAGCGCCUAAUGUAUGUAGGAGAAUAACUGGAAAGCUUAACAGUGCUAUAGAAAAGGAAGACGUUUCGGUAAAACUUGAAGCACUGGAUAUACUCACCGACUUGCUUUCACGUUUUGGAGCUUUUCUAAUCCCAUUUCAUAAUCAGAUUUUAAAGGCGUUGAUUCCGCAGUUGGAAUCACCUCGCCAGGCCGUCAGAAAACGUUCCAUUAUUGCUCUUUCACAUCUUCUUUCAUUGGCGGAUGAUAGCAUCUAUGAUGAUGUCAUUCUUCGUCUUCUAAAAGGUUUGGAAAAAAACUCAAACUCUGGUGCUGUACGAACUUACAUUCAAUGUUUGGCAUCGAUUUGCCGACACUCUGGGCCUCGUUUAUGCAGUCAUGUGAACGCAGCUAUAAAGCAUUUAGAAAGAUACAGUCAGUGUGAUGACGACGAAGUUCACGAAUUUUGUCUCCAGGCGUUUGAAGCUUUUGUUUACAGAUGCCAAGACGCUGUUGCUCCUCACGUCACGAUGAUUUUGGAUAUUUGUCUUCAAUAUUUAAGUUAUGAUCCCAACUAUAACUAUGAAUCUGAUGAUGGUCAUAGUUGCCUUGCGAUGGACACUGAAGAAGGAGAAUAUGUUGACAGUGAUGAUUACAGUGACGAUGAUGAUAUAAGUUGGAAAGUUCGUCGUGCCGCCGCAAAAUGUUUGGAAGCUUUAAUAAUAACGCGACAAGAAUUUAUUGAGAGUUUUUGCCAAGACUUGGGACCUAUAUUAAUUUUGCGUUUUAAGGAAAGAGAAGAAAAUGUGAAGUCCGACAUAUUUCACGUAUACAUAACUUUAUUGAAAAGUGCUAAAACUUCAAGCUUUUCAGCACAAGAUCCAGAUUCAAUGGAAGAAAUUCCCCGGAUCUUUUCUCUUCUUCAAGAUCAACUAAAAGAUGUGAUUAAAAUUAUCCAACCUCUAAUGCGUGAAAGGUCAAUGAAAACUCGUCAGGACUGUUUUCUUUUACUGCGAGAAUUAUUAAAUAUAUUACCUGGAAGUUUAGGACCAUAUUUAAAUGAUAUUGUCCCUGGUAUAAGUUACGCACUAUGUGAUAAAAAUUCAACAAGUAACAUUAAAAUUAGCGCAUUAGGAUUUUUAUGCUCUCUUCUAACAUGUCAUACGCCUUCCCAUUUUUUCCAACCUCAUAUUCCCACAUUGGUACCAAUUAUAAUUUCGUCAGUAUUUGAUUCAUUUUAUAAAAUAUCUACAGAAGCACUCCAAGUGCUUCAACAGCUUGUUAAGGUUAUAAGGCCUUUAGACGAUCCCAUAUUACCCGGUACUUUUAAAAUAAGUCCUUUUGUGGAAGAUCUGUAUUCUGCUACGCUGAAAAAAUUAAUGACUUCUGAUGUUGACCAAGAAGUUAAAGAUCGUGCUAUAAGUUGUAUGGGCCAAAUAUUGGCAAAUAUGGGCGACUUUUUGGUUCCGCAAGUUCAGACUUGCCUUCCAAUAUUGAUGGAACGACUUAAUAAUGAAGUAACUCGUCUAAGUAGUGUUAAAGCAAUUUAUAUGAUAGCUUCAUCUCCUUUACGAAUUGAUUUGACUUUAAUAAUAAAAGAACUUAUUCCCAUAUUAGGCUCAUUUUUACGAAAAAAUAAUAGAGCUCUCAAAUUGAAUUCUUUGGAUUUACUAAACAAAUUGGUUGAAAAUUAUUCCCCUUCUUUUAAUUCACAAAUUCUACAGUUAGUAAUUGUUGAACUUAAGCCGCUAAUAUCAGAUUCAGAUCUCCAUAUUGCUCAAUAUUGUUUAAUACUUUUAACAGCAACUGCCCUUAAACACCCAAAAGCUCUUGAAGAUACUCAUGGGCAUUUUUUGCCUGCUGUGUUAAUGCUGGUGCGUUCGCCACUAUUACAAGGCAGUGCACUGACAUGUACGUUAAAUCUUCUUCAAGUGUUAGUCCAAACAAAUAUUCAACAUUUGGAUUACAAUUCCUUACUCAAUAAACUUAUGGAUCCAGUAAUCAUUGAUAAUGAACAGCUCCAUAAACAGGCACAUCAUUCUUUAGCUAAAUGUAUAGCAUCACUCACUCUAAAAUGCCCCUGGGAAGCAAUACCUUUAGCGUCGCGUCUUCUUGAUUAUAUUCAAAAAAGAACCGAAUCUAAUGAUAUAAAAAUGAGUUUUUGUCUUUUAACCAUUGGAGAGAUUGGUCGAAAUUUUGACUUAAGCUCAAUUUUAUCUUUGCCACAAACUUUAAUUGAUUGUUUUGGUGUUUGUUCUGAGGACGUCAAAAGUUCAUCAAGUUUGGCCUUAGGUGCCGUUGCAGUUGGUAGUUUAAAAACUUACUUGCCUCUUAUACUAAAAGAAAUAGAAGGACAGCCGAAACGUCAGUACUUGUUAUUGCAUUCGUUGAAGGAAGUUAUAUCAUCAUUAUCUGUUACCCAACAUGGACUUUCUCAAUUGCUACCUUCCGUUCCAUCUAUUUGGGUGCAGCUUAUAAAACAUUGUGAGAGUUCUGAAGAGGGAUCUCGAAAUGUUGUUGCAGAAUGCCUCGGGAAGCUGAUCUUGGUUAACCCAGAUGAAUUAUUACCACAGCUUCGCGAUGCUCUAUAUUCUAAUAAUGCAAUUAUGAGAGCCGUGGUAGUAUCUUCUAUAAAAUUUACUAUAUCCGAUCAACCGCAACCAAUAGACCACUUAUUGAAACAAAAUCUAGGCGAGUUUCUUUCCUCCCUGCGGGAUCCAGAUCCGGGAGUAAGGAGAGUAGCACUGGUCACAUUCAAUGCGGCCAUUCAUAACAAACCAACAUUAGUACGUGACUUACUGCCUACCUUAUUGCCUUUUUUAUAUUCAGAAACGAAAGUAAAGCGUGCACUAAUUCGAGAAGUUGAAAUGGGUCCAUUUAAGCAUACUGUUGACGACGGCCUAGACAUUCGCAAAGCUGCAUUUGAAUGUAUGUAUACUUUGUUAGAGCAAGGACUUGAUCGAGUUGAUGUAAAACAAUUUUUGGGACACGUGCAAGCGGGUUUAUGUGAUCAUUAUGAUAUAAAAAUGCUAACAUAUUUAAUGACAGCACGUUUAGCUGUUUUAUGCCCUGAUGCAGUUUUACAACAACUUGACCAGUUUGUGCUGCAAUUGCGAGAAACGUGUACUUACAAAGUGAAAGCAAAUUCUGUAAAACAAGAACAUGAGAAACAGGAUGAACUAAAACGGUCGGCUUUGAGAGCUGUAUCUGCAUUAUCACAAAUACCUAGUGCAGACAAAAAUCAGCACUUAACGGAUUUCUUGAAAACGAUCAAAGAUACGCCAGAAUUGGGCAAAAUUUAUGAAUGCAUUCAAAAAGAUUCUAAUUCAAUCAACAUUGAGAACGCAUCGAUGGAUCAAAGUUAAAUAUGUGGAAACCUCAUACGUCAUCGUAAAAUAUGGUAAAGCUUUUGCCUACGUAUUAUAUGUAGAUAUCUUCUUAACUAAAUAAACUAAAUUUUCAUAUUAA